AUGGAGCUCACAGCCAACUCCAGCCUCGUUAACCUCCCUGAGCAAGAGGAGGGAAACAAGUUGCCCGGUCAUGCUUCUUGUGAGCAGGAGAAGGUAGCUCAAACUGCAAAGGCUGAGCUCAAUGCCGAGCAGCCAGCGGGCGAGCCUACCACGCCCGAAGGAACUGAGCAUCGAAAGGGUCCUCAAUUGGCCUUGAUUACAUUGGCGUUGUGCUUGGGCGUGUUUCUUAUUGCUCUUGAUAACUGCAUAAUUGCCACGGCAAUCCCUAAGAUCACCGACCAAUUCCACAGCCUCGAUGAUGUUGGCUGGUAUGGGAGUGCAUACCUUCUCACCUCGGCUUCGCUCCAGCUGCUUUUCGGAAGAUUCUACACCUUUUUCAAUGUCAAAUGGAUCUACCUCAUCGCAAUCGGUGUGUUUGAACUGGGCAGUCUGAUCUGCGGUGUGGCUAACAGCAGCCUGACGCUUAUCAUGGGCCGUGCUAUUGCUGGCAUUGGAUCUGCGGGCGUUUUCUCGGGCUCACUCAUCAUUAUUUCCCACGCCAUCGCCCUAGAGAAGCGCCCAUUGUACAACGGAUUUAUCAGUAGCAUGUUCGGCAUUUCAUCUGUGGCUGGCCCUCUGCUUGGCGGACUUUUCACUGACAAAGUGACGUGGCGCUGGUGUUUUUACAUCAAUCUUCCAAUCGGAGCUGUCACUGUUCUGGUGAUUGCAAUGUUUUUCCCUGCCCCCAACCUGGGUAAUAAGAAGUCGACAUGGGCGGAGCGCAUCAAGAAGUUUGAUCCCAUGGGUACAGCUCUUUUCCUCCCUGCCAUUGUCUGUUUGUUGCUAGCUCUGCAAUGGGGCGGCACCAUCUAUGCCUGGAAUAGCUGGCGUAUCAUUUUGCUGUUUUGCUUCUUUGCUGUGCUCAUUCUCCUGUUUUUAUUUGUCCAGUACACACAGCAAGACUUUGCUACAGUCCCAUCACGCAUCUUCUUCCGCCGUACAGUUUGGUCCGCUGCGUUUUACAGUUUCUGCAUCGGCUCUGCUUUCCUCUCCUCUGUCUACUACUUACCCCUCUGGUUCCAAGGCGUCAAAGAUGCAAGUCCUGUCAGUUCGGGUAUCAUGAAUCUGCCCAUGUUGAUUUCCGUUGUGGUUACCUCCCUCUUAUCUGGAAUCAUCAUCACCCAGGUUGGCUACUAUACACCCUUUAUGAUUCUUGGCACAGUCCUUCUCUCCAUUGGCUCCGGUCUCAUGAGCAUGUUCCAACCAGAUACGUCCAAAGCUGUUUGGAUCGGGUAUCAGAUAAUUGCCGGUGCCGGCGCAGGUGCCGGUAUGCAGCAGUCUAUGAUCGCUGUCCAGGUUGUCCUUGAGUUUGAUGAUAUACCUACUGGCACAGCUAUCAUCGUCUUCGCACAGACUCUUGGUGGUGCUCUCUUUGUUUCUAUUGGAAACAACGUUUUCAGGAACAAGCUUGUUGAGUAUCUCGCCAAGUACAUCCCCACCGUGGAUCCUGCUUUGAUUCUCAAGACUGGCGCCACUGGCCUCCAUAGUGUUGUCAACAAGGCUGAUCUACCCGGAGUUAUCCAUGCUUACAAUGACGCACUUACCCAGACCUUCAUUGUCGGUGCAGCUGCGGCCUCUGUCAGCAUUAUCGGCGCUUUGUGGGUGGAGUGGAAGAGUGUCAAGGGAAAGAAUAUUGCGGCGGGAGGAGCCGCAUGA